GCGCAACUGUCAGUUGACCGCCGAACGCGACCGAAGAAGGUUCGUGAAAGUUAAUUUGACAGUUCCCAGACAGUUUUACGCGUGCAGAUCGGCGAGUCAACCGAUCGAUCGGGCUUCCGAAUAUCAGUGAUCCAUAAACAGUGUGAUCCAAGAUGCUGUCUAGGUGUUUGGUGUUAAUUGGCCUGCUGCAUCCGUUGGUUCUCGUGGUCUCCGCUCAAGGUUUAGGCGUUGGUCAGCAAUGCAACACCCCGAAUAACGAGCCAGGCCAGUGCAUCGGUAUCAGAAGUUGCCAGCCUCUGUUGAACUUGCUGCAGCAGCAAGGCGUCGCAGCCGGCGACUAUCUGAGACAGUCGCUCUGCUUGAAUGAAAAUGGUAACCCGAUCGUCUGUUGUCCCUACAAUCCUAGAGACGGCAAAGUAGUUCCGGAGAACAAUUAUGGACCGUUGCUGCCGCCAAACUGCGGCUACAGCAACACCAGUCACACCAGAGUGGUCGGUGGCAUCCCUGCACAGCUUGGUGCCUGGCCAUGGAUCGCAGCCUUAGGGUUUCGCAACUCUCGCAACCCUGCUCAGCCCUUAUGGCGUUGCGGAGGAUCCCUGAUAUCUUCCAGACACGUUCUGACUGCAGCCCACUGUGCAAUCAGGUCGGAGCUCUACAUGGUUCGUAUCGGAGACUUAAAUCUAGUGCGAGUGGACGACGGAGCGCAGCCGGUCGACGUCGAGAUCGAGAGGAAGAUCAUACACCCUGGGUACAGCACCUCUGGAUUCGUCAACGAUAUAGCUGUUCUCAGACUGGCGGCGGAAGUGCCGUUCUCCAGCCACGUGUACCCCAUUUGCCUUCCGGUGGAGGAGCCCUUAAGGAGCAGCAAUUUCCAUCGAAAAUAUCCCUUCAUUGCUGGAUGGGGCGCGGUGUCGACCAAGGGGCCGUCUUCGGAGGAUCUUCUGGAGGUGCAGCUGCCGAUAGUCAACAACGAAGACUGUCAACAGGCCUACUCUAAGUUCACGAAUGCCGUCAUCGACGACCGUGUGCUCUGUGCUGGAUACAUUCAGGGUGGGAAAGACGCCUGCCAGGGUGAUAGCGGAGGACCACUAAUGUUACCGAAAGUGUUCACCUUCUACCAAAUUGGAGUCGUUUCUUACGGUUACAAAUGCGCCGAGGCAGGAUAUCCUGGUGUCUACGCCAAGGUCACAGAGUUCCUCGACUUCAUCAUCUCGGCCCUACAAUAAUUUACAGAUGAUCAAAGUGAAGAGAACUGCAUUAUGUUCUUGCAUUCUUCUCGUCGACUAAGUUAGCUGUAACAUUAUUGCGUUAUUAUUUCAAAUUGACGACCAAUGUGGAUCAAUUAAUUCAAGUAGAUUAAUGAUUAAAUAUUUGAUACAGAACUACGAA